AAACUUCAUUUCUAUUCCUGAUUCUAACCUAUCAUUUUUUACGUUUCAUACAAAUAAUGUCCACCAGAAUAUAUCCUCUGUAUCAACGUGGGGGUCCGCAGUUGCGUGUCUUCCUUCCCAAUUUCUGGAUGAAACUGGUGAGGCCACAGCAAGAGCAGCCACCAAAUGUGGUCCAGUUUUCCUGUUCAAUUGAAAUGACCAAAUUCGAUGUAAAGAAUUACCUGGAGAAGAUUUAUGGUGUGAAGACAGUCGAUGUGAGGACAAGAAUUGCUUUAGGAAAAACUAAAAGGGAUCUGGUUAAUGGAUAUGUCGUCAAAGAGGAUGAUAUCAAAUAUGCCUAUGCAAUUUUACCUAAAGAUGAAGUUUUCAAGUUUCCCAAUUUGUUCCCAAAAGAGGUUGAGGAGAGUCAGAAGCAGGAAGAGAAGAGUUUGGAGGAAGCUAAGAAAAUUUACAACCAAUAUGUCGAUAGGAAUAAGGACAGACCGAAUGUGCCGGGAUGGUUCUCGAUUUAAAAUUGUACAAAAGAAAUUAGAUAAAUUUUGUAGUGUAGUUAUUUAAUAAUAAAAGAGAUGAA